ACGUCAGUACAGUCGAUCCAACAUUCUGCAUUGUACCCAGCAUUUGGCGUUUACGGUGUAUUAGUAGUCUUAAGGAUACGUCGUCUGGUUUUAUUUUAACAUUACGAAUGUUUGUUUUAAAUGUAUGUGCUCAGAGCCUCUGCGUGUGUGUCUGAGAUCUGUUAAGUUCCUGUUUAUAAGUGCUGAAAAUGGCGGCGGUGUCUGUGCGGAGCAGCAGCCCGGGAGCAGACGCAUCUCACGGCAUAGCAGCGGCGUCAGACCGUUUACGGGUUGAGGAGGGGUCCGAGGCAGAGAAAAAGAGCCGCGUAACCGCGCUGCUAGAAAGACUACAUGCCAAACACAACUCAUCCCGCUCUUGGCAGGAGACCAGUAAGGUGGUCCGACAAGCUAUGGAAAAGCGUGGAGUGAUGAAUACAGCUGGUCACCAACUUCUGCUUAACUGUUUAGAGACGCUUCAGAGGGCUCUAAAAGUGUCCUCGCUGUCGUCAAUGACAGAUCGUCUGGAAUCCAUUGCUCGCCAGAACAUGUUGGGAUCUCACCUGAGUCCCUCAAGAACUGAGUGCUACAUCACCUCAGAUAUGUUCUAUGUAGAGGUGCAUUUGGAUAAAGCAGGACAGCUUGUGGAUGUCAAAGUAGCCCAUCAUGGAGAAAACCCUGCGAGUUGUCCUGAGCUGGUACAACAUUUAAGAGACAAAAACUUUGACGAGUUCUCCAAACAUCUGAAGGGGCUGGUCAACCUUUACAAGUUACCCGGAGACAACAAAUUGAAGACUAAGAUGUACCUGGCUCUCCAGUCUCUGGAGUUAGACCUCACCAAGAUGAUGCAUAUGUUCAGGAUAGCCAUGAAUGCCAGCACUGUGGAGACAAUUCUUCAUGGAGGCGUGGGUCUGUUGACAGCGAGGAGUGGUGGUCAUCUAGUGUCUCUGCAGUGUUAUGUUUCUCCAUACGACAUCUUUGAGGAAGGAUCAGGAAUGCCGCUCAACUUCACAGAUGCCAAUAUUCCUCGUACUUUAGGUGUGAGUGUAUUGGUGACUGUCGAGGGCACCUCAUCGGUAUAUAAGCUUCCCAUUGCUCCACUUAUUACAGGAUCCCAUCCAGUUGACAACAAAGGGACUCCAUCAUUUUCUUCAGUAACGAACUCAAACUGUGUAGAUUUACCUGCGUGCUUCUUCUUGAAGAUGAACCAUCCAAUGCCUUUUUCUUUAUCAUUUGUUCAAAAGAUGGGAAAUAUCACGGGAAUCCCAGUAUUUGAAUCUGCGCCCACCUUGUCCUCACUCUAUGAACUCAUUAUUAAAAGUCAACUGCGUGAAGAGGGUUGUGUCUCUCCUGGUCUGGACAAAUCAAUGCGCUUCUAUGCAUGUUUACCAGGACAGCAGCACUGCUAUUAUCUAAAUGGUGAUGCUCCAGUCCAGGAUGGAAGAUCUCUGCAAGGAGCUUUGGUUCACAAGAUUCCCUUUAGACAUCCUGCGCAAGUGCCCACUCUCCUUGACAUUAUUCGACACCAGGCUGCUUACAACACACUGAUUGGUAGCUGUGUCAAAAAGACCAAUAUUAAGGAAGCAGAUACCCCAGCACUUCUGCAGUUUGAGGUGUGCCCACUAACAGACUCGAGCUUUAGUGUGUCCUUCCAACACCCAGUCAAUGAAUCACUUGUCUGUGUGGUGAUGGAGGUGAUUGACUCAAGGCAGGUAGCCUGUAAACUGUAUAAGGGAUUAUCUGAUGCUUUGAUCUGCACUGAUGACUUUAUUACCAAAGUUGUCCAGAGAUGUAUGUCUAUUCCUGUGACUAUGCGUGCCAUCCGAUGCAAGGCGGAAACUAUUCAGGCAGAUACCCCAGCAUUGUCCCUUAUUGCUGAGACUGUGGAAAUAAUGGUGAAGAGGAACCUGCCCCCAACUAGUAGCCCAGGUUACUUGGGAAUUGGUACAGGGGCUGAUGGAAGCAACCCAAUAGGCCUUCCUGGUGUAAGUGGUGGGACCACAUCCACAGGAAGCAACAGUGUUGUGGGUGUAGGGGGGAGUGGGUCUUUCCAAGGCCCAAUUACCUCAUUUAACAUCAAUCGAACAAGUCAGGGAGGCUCAAGUAUGGAUAGUGUUGGACAUGUAGGAGGCCAGCAGCAAUCAAUGCAACAACAACCUCAGUUGCAGAGCCACAGUUCAGAUGACUUUAACAAAGUCACUCAGAAUCCAAUCUUAACAAGCCUUCUGAAAAUCACAGGCAGUGUCGGGUCCAGUCCUCCUCCUCAGCCUCACCAGACUCCACCACCGACCACCUCACCAGCAAGCAACACCAAAAACCACCCCAUGCUAAUGAACCUACUAAAAGAUAACCCUUCACAAGAAUUUGCGUUGUAUGGAGGUAGCCCUUUAGACAGACAGAACUCAUCUGGGUCCCCACGGACUGAUAGCCAAGGGCAGUCCUGCUCUGGCACCAAAGGUAAGAAAAAACGUCCAAGAGGCUCUGAAAAGGGACUAAUGGGAACAAGUGGAGGAAUUGGCAUGAAGCAACAAUCUCAGCAGCAGGUGGGAGUCAUGACGCAACAGCAUCAUCACACACACCACUCUGAAGAUGAUUUCCACCGUGAGCUUUUCUCCAUGGAUGUUGAUGCCUCCCAGAACCCAAUAUUUGAUGUCAGUCUUGCAGGCGAUGGACUUGACACCCCUCACAGCAUCACUCCAGCCCCAAGUCAGUGUGGUACUCCCCCUUCUGGUCCUGCAAUGGCAUACCACCCACAAUCUCAUGUCCAAAAUCAUCCACAAGGAUCCAUACCCCGUAUGGUCCGUCUCUCUAGCUCUGAAAGUAUUGGGCCUGAUAUUAUUGACAUUCUAUCUGAUGUUCCUGAUCAGGCCAACAAAGGAAGCAGCCAACAUCUCAUGUCUGGGGAAGAAGGAGGUUCCUUGGGAACUCCACUUCGGGAUUCCUCCAGCUCAGGCCAAGGUAGCACUGUGUUUGAGGCAGACCUUUUUAAUGCAAACAGCAAUGAAAAUCCCUUUACUGAUGCAGCAGACCUGAUUGCAGAGGCUGCUACUGCAGCAACACCCAACAGUGAUUCUUCCUCAACAAAUUUCUUUCCAGAUACAGACUUCAACCCAGAACUUCUCUCUGGACAGGGAGGUUUUUCUCAGAAUUACUUUGAAGACAGUUCCCCCAGCCCUGACCCAGAUAAUGACCUUGCCAAAGGUUUUAGUGGAGGUAGUCAGCAGAACACCCCUACAGGCACACCUCAGAAUCCCACUCCACAUGGGCAAAAUACUCCAGAGGGCUUGUUAAAAGACCAUUUUGACAUUGGAAUGUUUAGUGGGAACAGUAGUGGAGGAAAGCCAAUGCUGGGCCCAGCAUCAGAUAUGGGGGACUCACACCCUUCUCAUGUUAGUGGAGGUCAAAGCCCACUCAUGAUGGCCAUUGGGGCAGCAAGUAGUGAUUUUAAAAGCAGUGAUACAAAAAAUAAGCAGCAGCAAAUAAGAGCAAAGGAGGAUAGUGGAGGAAGUUCUGGAAUUGGAAUAAGUGGUGCAUGCUCUUCUGAGAUGAAACAGGUGAAGCGUAGUCGAACUCCUUCAAGUGAGAGCAAAUCAAAAGACAAACCACCUAAGCGCAAGAAGCUGGAUCCAGAUGGCAAGUCCCCUUCAUACAGCUCAGGGGGUCGACCUUAUACUCCUCCAUGUGGGAGUGGCAGUUCUGGAGGAACAGGUAGUGCAGGUGGAUCUAAGUCACCUGGCAGUUCAGGUAGAUCUCAGACCCCACCAGGAGGUGCUACUCCACCAAUCCCUAAGAUUACUAUACAAAUUCCUAGGACUGGAGGAAAAACAACUUCUCAUGGAGGAUACACAUCAAGUAGCUCAACAAGUGGAGGUACUGGUAGUGCAGGUAGCACAAGCAGUAGCAAAAGUCACCAUUCCCACUCCUCUUCUUCAUCUGGGAAGUUAAAGAGUAGUAAACUUGAAGUCACUGGGCAAGGCAACAUCUCCAAACCAUCAAAUACUGGAGGUGUUGGGAGUGGUAUGGCUCCUCAAUCCAAAGGGUCAUCCUUAGGGAUGAGCACUGGCAAGCUUUCCUCUUCUCCCAUUACCAAGCAUGGGAUAUCAGGCUCAGGCAGUGGUGGCAGUAGUGGAACAGGAAGUGGAAACAAAAUUAAGCCACAAGGUGGUAAACCCUCUGGCUCACUCAUGAACCCUAACAUCAAGCCCAACAUUUCUCCUUCACACUCUCGUUCUGGCACAUCAGACAAACUCUCCUCUCCAAUGAAACUUCAGCAAGGGCAGGUUCCUGGGACUCCACCCUCUUCAAAAGCGAAAUCUCCUAUUGGUUCAGGUAGUGUGGGAUCGGGAGGGUCCAAGCCCUCCUCAGGUGGUGGAAUGGGUACCCAAAAACAGUUAGGCAAUAGCUCAUCCUCAAGCUCAUCUGCAUCAUCUUCGUCUGGGUACAUGUCAUUUUCUUCAGGGGGCCAGUCACAGUACGGGAGCAGUGGGGGUGGAGGUAGUGGGGGUGGGAACAACCCUAAUGCAAAGGGUAAGUCACCAAGCCGAAACAAAAAGCCAUCUCUUACAGCAGUUAUAGACAAACUUAAAAGUGUGGGUAGUGGUGGUACUGGUGGGGAAGAGGGUGAAUGUAGUGGUGGGAGUGCAGGUGGAGGAGUGCCUUCAAAUGUUGGUACCUCAUCCUCCAAGCAUGGUAUGUCCUCCCAGGGAGGAGACUUUGUAAACAAACGAGACAAGAUUGACAAAGAUAGCAAGUCCAGGGUUUCAGGAGGUAACUCUGGUGAUAAGAAGUUAAUCGAUUCAAAAAGUGGUGCUGCGAGUGGCACAGGUGUGGCAAAGAUUAUUAUCAGCAAACCAGAUGGGGGCUCUCCAAGCAUCAAGUCAAAAGUAACUCUACAGAAACCUGGAGAAGGUUCUGGAGAUGGCUCCAUGCGAUCCCAGCACACAGGUCUCAAAGCAUCACCUCUUUUCAGUGGCUCAACACCAAAACAUGAUCGGAGCUCGCCAAGCCAUGGCCGUUCCCCUGGUUACACUCCUCUCAACCCAGACAGUGAGAGUGAGUCUGGAAGCAGUUCAGUCGCUGAAAAGUCUCAUCAGAACAGCCCUAGCUCAGAAGAUGACCAAGCUAUUAGACCACACCAACCCCCCCAAGAAUACAUGAGUUCCAUAUCAAUUAGCCAAGGUGAAAAACACAAGAAGCAUAAAAAAGAAAAGAAAAAGCAAAAAGAUCGAGAAAGGGAUAGGGACAGAGACAGAGAAAAAGAAAAAAAGAAAUCAUCUUGUGGGCCAUCAUCUCACUCAAUAAAGACAGAUAGUUGGUCCAGAUCACCUAUAUCUUCAGAAUCUUCAAUGUCAAUGCUUAGUUCUGAGCGCAACUCACGACCAAGUCCUGUGUAUAUGCAUACAGAAGAUGACGACCUCAUGGACUCAGCCUUAACAGGCAAUUUAGAACCAUUCAAAUAAUUGAGUCAAUGGUAUGACUGUACUUUGUAGUGGCAUAUGAUCAGAAAAAGAUUUAUUGCCAAGUAUGUUUGCACAUACAAGGAAUUUGUUUUGACAGGAGCAUCCAGUACACAGAAACAGCAACAACAGUACACAGAGACUAUAACACAAUAUUGCAGCAUAUCGCUGUUUUCCUCCUGAAACCUUGUAUCUCCAUAGUUCAUGAUUUUUAUUUUUUGCCAUAAAUUAUUAUUCUUAGUUACCCUUCAUGUUUGUCGCUGGGUUUAGCAAAAAUCUAACCAAUAAAAACUAUUAAAAAGUGCUUGUCAACUUUGACAAUGCAGUAUUUAAUCAUUUAAAAAAUACAGUGUUUUUUUCCAUUUCCUGAAAAACAAAAUGUUUGAUUGUAAUUAGAUUCCUUACAUUAGAAAAACUAUUUUAUAAUGAUUGUUUAUAUUUUUUAAAUGUCAUACCUUUUCUAACUUUGGCCUCAUUUAUGCAAAUUAUGUUAGACUGUUGUAAGAGUCUUGUUUUCCAAGUAUUUGGUAAUUUUUUUAGCGGUAUACAAAAGAUUCUGGUGUAAGAUUUUAAAUAUUCAUAGUAUGUUAUUUUUAUUAUUGGAAGCCUUGCUUUGUUUUGCAUAUGCCUUAAUUAUAUCAAUAUACAAUGUGGCAUUUUAAAGUAUUGUUGUCAUGUGUGUCAUUUAACCCACACGUUACUUGACAGAUCCAUAUUUUACUUUUUUUUUUUACCUGAAAAUAGACAGUCUAAUGUUUCUAAUGUUACAUUCUAAUUUUUAAUGUUUAAACAAAUAUGAAGCAUAAAAUGGCCUAAUGGUUGUUCAAAAUAUUUCAGGUUUAUUUAGUCUUUAGUUAAUAGCUGGAGUGGGGAUUAAGCAUGUAUUUUAAGCUUGUUUUUCUACAAUAGUUGUAGUAAAAUAAAUAUUUUAGUAGUACCAAGCUUUUAUGAUCUGGAAUGGUUUGCCCAUGAAGUGUAUCACAAGACCAGGGUAACACUAAAUGUUGAACACAGUAAGUAUUAGAACCAAGGAAACUACAGAUCUGUAUUGUUUAUAUCUUGAAAUCAUUGGUUAUCACAAUUUGCUAGUUAUAGGUACAUAAUAAAAUAGAAUUAGGGCAUACAAUGGAGUAAGCUGUGUUACUUACUUAAGUUACUUUAUUAAGAGGUCAUCUAGAAUAGUGGCAACAUUUCAGGUUGCCACCUUAAAUGAGAAGU